AUGUCUUUCGAGCCACCAUCUCAAGGGAACGCGUCCAGGCUUCUUCCUCAGCCAGGAUCGCUGGAGUACAUAAACAGGCCAAACCCCGUUGAGCCCAGUGAUCUGAGCCAUGGCAUUUUCGAUGGAAGUACUCGCGAGCUUGACCGGACCGCUAAUGAGCAGCUACACCCGUUUCUGCUAGGCAACCGAUUGCGUCAACGUAACGAUCUUGGAGCAGACGCCAUACGGCUUGCAAGACGCUCACCUCACCAGUCAUCUAUCUCUUCGCUUGCCGCCGUACUCAAUGAUGAAGACUCGCCUCCUAGGUUNGGGGAGUAUGCUUCCCAUCGAAGAGAUGUUGACCAAGCAGUCUUCACAUUGCCAAAGUUGCCAGCAAAACGACAUGCGAAACGUCACCGUGUGCCUCCCGUCUUGCAAGGUCUCCAUCAGCCUCCGCCGGACGCUGGUCUUCUACCUUCUAUCAGUACAGAGGAGGCUCAAGUCUUUCUCUCCACUUCGAGGAGCAGCAAGCCUGCAGCUACUGCAACUUCCACUGACGAGGCGACUCCUACUGUAACUACGCAAGAACCUGUGGUACCCAUCGAAACUACUCAGGGGGCUUCGGAUAAGCGUUCUCGACGCAAUCUGUGGACCGAUGAAGAGACCAAAGAUCUCCUAGCCGGAGUGUCUAGAUUCGGCAUUGGUAACUGGAAGAAGAUAUUGCUCUGCUCAGACUAUCAGUUCCACAAACGGACGGCCGUAGACCUCAAAGACAGGUAUGAACGGAUGCUGAUUCUUAUCCUCGUGCUAGACUUAUGUGUUCACAGGUUCAGAGUUUGCCGUCCUGAUGCUUAUGGUGGUGCGAGGAAAACUCGAAAAGCCAAGAGAGUCUCACCUGAGGAAGCCCCCACCGUCGAAACACCCAAAAAAGCAAAGACAGCAGAGUCAACGACAGCGGAGGCUCCGAAGGAAGCUGAUCCACAGUCCAAGCAAGCCGGCAUCACAGACCAGACUUUAUGGAAGGCACAACGCCGACCGAGACGUAACUUCACAGAUGAAGAAGAUCAGGCUCUGCUUAAAGGCUUCCGAGAGCAAGGCCCGUCUUGGGUCUCCAUCUGUAAAGACGAGGCGUUCAAAGAGCACGGCCGAACUCCAACAGAUUUGCGCGAUCGACUGAGGACAAGAUUUCCAGAAAGGUAUGCACAAGCCGGUCUAGCAUCCCGGCCAGCUGUUCCCAAACCUGCCAAACGAACUCGAGCCACACGCGAAGAGUCAGAGAAGCCUGUAGAGCUAACUCAGACUCUCACACCUACUGCUGCCUCCUCGAAAGACAGCCAGACGAAGCCACCCAAUGACAGAUUGGAAAGAAUAAGCUCGCGCACCGGUCCCACGUAUACACUGCCUUUACCUAGCAUUGAAGACGAUUCACUUCCGGGUUUCGGCUAUCCUGACGACGAUGAGGAUGCGGAUCCGAUUGUUUUGGAUCGCAGCAUCAUGGACUGGGCAAACAACAACAUGCAACAGCCUAAUCGCCAGUCACAUUCACACGCGUCUGACAACCUUCCAUAUCCUGGCAUCGAUCCCCUUGUCACGUUGAAGCUGCCCAGACCUGGCUUCUUCUGA